AUGGCAUCGGGAUCUGAAGACUGCCAUUCCUGCUCUUGCGGCUUCGACGUAGGCCUCCAUCGACUCUCUUACUGCUUCGUUGGAGCAACAGCGGGACGAUUCUCUUUCUUCUCCACCGAGCACGGCGACGAGAACUCUGGACCAGAUUCCUUCUCCCACUUUCAAUUCUGCUUUUCCCAUGUCUCCGGCCACCUCACCCCCACCGCAACAGAGUACCAGCGACAAUCAAUAUUGCGCCUUCAACCGUCCACCACCACGACAACCUUCCUUUGUCAUCUCCGAGCAAAUUGGAUCAAUGGCGGAUUAUCAGGUUCUUUCUCCUCUGUCUUCACCAGCGAUGGGAACCCUAAUUCCUUCAUCAUGUCCUUAUUCUAG